AUGAAAAUCUUCGCCACAAUCCAGUUAUUGCUUACUAGCAUGUAUAUCCGCGCUUCACUCGGUGGCGCUCUCCAAGUCAUAGAUUAUGAUGGCGAAUGCGUCAUAUGGUCAGAGCAUAACCAUGGAUGUACCGGAUAUUCGGCAACAUUUGCCCUACUCAACGUAGAUGACUGUUCCGAAUUGAGUGAAGUCGUGAAGGGCACCCGCGAGGAUAAAUCCGUCCUUGAUGUGGAUGCGUGUGGUAAAGUAAAUGGCAAAUCAGUUGCUUGGAUUGAAGUAAAUGAAACUGGUCUCGUUACCUUUUUCAAUCAGAACGGAGACAUUUCGGCAUGCACCUUGAAUGAUAAAUUCAAGGUUGGAAGUUGGUGCAGUGUAUCUGACUCUGAAUCCACUGAUUAUGCCUCUUCUUCUACUGCCUCUUCUACUGCUUCUUCUACUGCUUCUGCUUCUGCUUCUUCUACUGCCUCUUCUACUGCCUCUUCUACUGCCUCUUCUACUGCCUCUUCUACUGCCUCUUCUACUGCUUCUUCUUCUGCUUCUUCUACUGCUUCUGCUUCUGCUUCUUCUACUGCCUCUUCUACUGCCUCUUCUACUGCCUCUUCUACUGCCUCUUCUACUGCCUCUUCUACUGCCUCUUCUACUGCCUCUUCUACUGCUUCUGCUUCUGCUUCUCCUACUGCCUCUUCUACUGCCUCUUCUACUGCCUCUUCUACUGCCUCUUCUACUGCCUCUUCUACUGCUUCUUCUUCUGCUUCUUCUACUGCUUCUUCUGCUGCCUCUUCUUCUUCUGCUGCUGCUUCUUCUUCUGCUUCUUCUACUGCUUCUUCUUCUGCCUCUUGUGCUUCUUCUGCUGCCUCUUCUUCUGCUUCUUCUACUGCUUCUUCUUCUGCCUCUUGUGCUUCUUCUGCUGCCUCUUCUUCUGCCUCUGUAUAUGCCUCUAGUUUCGUUUCUACUUCUGUUCGUGCUAUCAGAACCCCAUCCCUGACCCUGAAUCUAUCAUAUCUAUCUGCAAAAGCUACCUUUGGCUGCCAUGCGGUCUAA